AUGGUGAUGAGAGAAACUAUGGUUCGCGAACGACGCGAGGAAAAUGUUGUACAAUAUUGCCAUGAAAAUGUGUUUUCGGAAGAGCUCUGGAAGACAAAGGUGAGAGACAUUCUCGAGAAUUACCAAACAAAGGUAGUGUCAGCUAUACAAGAUGGAUACGAUGGCAUGCAGAAAAAUAAGUGGACCUUUGCCGGUGCUUUUCUGUAUUCCCUCACUGUGAUAACGACCAUUGGUUACGGCAACAUUUGUCCCAGGACGAAAUGGGGCAAAGUCGCGACUAUAGUGUACGCAAUAAUAGGAAUGCCGCUUUUCCUUCUCUACCUCAGCAAUAUCGGCGACAUUCUGGCCAGAAGCUUCAAAUGGACCUACGCCCGCUGCUGUCUGUGCAAAUGUCGAAGAAGAUCAUACGGUACGGCAAGCGCAAGAGUCUCGGAGACGUCAAAUGAUUCGGCGGCAAAAAGAGAUCAGUGGCAGAUUGUAAACACCUACGGUGGGGAGGUAGAUGCGUCGAGCUUGAAUGUAGAAGAAACUUUGCCUAGAGACGACGAUGAUGGCGCUAACGAGGGCGAGGGCAAGGGCGAGGGCGAGGGCGAAGGCGAAGGCGAGGGCGAGGGCGACGGCAACGAUGAGGAAGAUGACGACGAAAGCGGCGACAGCUACGAUCCUCAACAUGUGACGGUGCCGUUAACGCUCUGUCUCGCUAUUAUGGUGGGGUAUAUUUGGGGCGGCGCAAUUCUGUUUUCGGUAUGGGAAGACUGGAAUAUGCUGGACGGUUCUUACUUCUGCUUCAUCUCUUUGUCGACCAUAGGUUUCGGCGACAUUGUACCAGGUGACGAGAUCUACUCCGGACAAGUCGAUUUAUCUUUCAUCAUAUGUUCUAUGUACCUGAUGCUGGGAAUGGCGCUGAUCGCUAUGUGUUUUAAUCUCAUGCAGGAGGAGGUGAUCGCGAAGAUACGCGCUUUGGUACGUAUCAUCAAGUACAUCUUCAGAUGUGAAAGAUGA